GUUGCAUUUAUUUAAGAACGGAGGUAGUAUAAAGUAAAAGAUUAAGAACAAUUCACGUUGACCGAAAAAUAGUCGACGAGAACCUUUAAGGCUUUAAAUCGGACAGAGGCCGGGAGUAUGUACCAUAUUUUGAGAGACUAAAAGACAUAGUUAAACCUUAUAAUUAAAACUAGUUUUGGGUUAACAUACAUAUUUAAUAAUGUUCUAAAGUCACAAAAUCUGAUAUAUUAUUAUUUACGUAUAUUAUUGUUAUUAUUAUUAUUAUUAUUAUUAUAUUAUAACGUUCAACCACAUACCUAUUGGGAUUUCCCAAAUCCGAAAGUGGAGAGAGGAAACAAACCCUUCCUCAAAGUCGGAUUUCAUAACUCUGACUCUCGUGUUUUUGUCCUUAAAAAGGCAUCUUCAUAUUUUGGGAAGAAGAACGAAAAAGUCCCGUAAAUCCAUCUUUCUCUCGCAUGGGCAUGAAUGAAGCUCCCUAAAAUCGUUGCGAACCAGGCGGGCGCUUCCUUAGCGAAGCAUGUCUUCAAACAAGAUGGCAACGUCGCCUUCUCUCCCCUUCCCAUUAACAUCUUGCUGGGAAUGAUCGCCGCCGGCUCCACCGGCCGAACACGCCGCAGCCUUCUCUCUUUCCUCAGCUCCGACUCCACCCGUGACUUCGAUGCUUUUGAGUAGUUUUGCCUCCCACGCCGUCACCAAACUCCUCGCAGACGCCAGUCACACCGGCGGCCCGAGCAUCGCGGCGGCUAACGGUGCUUGGAUUCUCAAUCGGUUGACUUCCGCUACCAGGCAACUAGAGUGGUAAAUGAUGUGAAUUUGUGGAUUGAGAGGAAAACAGGUGGUCUUAUAAAAGAUGCACUUCCUGAGAGUGCUGCUAACCAUGAAACAAUGCUCAUUCUUGCAAAUGCAAUUUAUUUUAAAGGAGUUUGGACUAAUGAGUUUGACGAAAGACUUACAAGAGAUAGGGAUUUCUACCUUAUGAAUGGAGCAUCUAUCCAGGUGCCCUUUAUGAGUAGCAGUGAUGAACAAUAUGUGAAAGCAUUCAAUGAUGUCAAAAUCCUGAAAUUGCCAUAUAGACGAGGUAAGGAUAAAAGUCGACAAUUUUCCAUGUACAUCAUCUUGCCCAAUGCAAACGAUGGUCUACUACAUUUGAUGGAAACCAUUACCAAAAACUCUGGAUUUCUCGAGCGCCACGCCCCGAAAAAACAAGUGGAAGUGGGUGAAUUUCGUAUACCGAAAUUCGAAGUAAGCUUUGACUUUAAUGUAUUAAGUACUCUACGAGAGCUUGAGGUGGAGAUUUUGGGUGAUGACCUAAGAGAAAUGGUUAUCCACCCGCUGAACAGUCCCUGUGUAUCAUUCAUUGCCCACAAGUGUGUUGUUGAUGUUAACGAGAGAGGAACAAAAGCUGUCGCGUUUACCGGGAUGGGGUGUUUUGGAUGCAGUUAUAUGAGGGUUAAAGAGAGAAUAGAUUUUGUGGCUGAUCAUCCCUUUGCCUUUUUCAUUCGAGAAGAUGUAUCCGGGACUGUCGUCUUUGGAGGGACAGUGCUUAAUCCCCGAUCUUGAAGAAAUUACCUCAUAAUUUAAUAUGCUUGCUUAUUUU